CUCGUAUUAAUCUGUCCAAAUAUUUUAUAGGUAAACAAUGUUUAACUGGUUUUUAGUGCCGACGAGAAAUAAUCCAGACGAAAUUUCAAGAUGGCAAACAACUCCGAAUUUCAUCACCAAUUACCACAUCAUUAGAUUGAGACGUAGACAGUGUUUUUUUGAACAAGUUUCAUCUUUUGCGCGGUAUUUAUUUCACGUUAGAAUUCAUAGCUUUCAAAUUGAUAAUUAAAUAUCGAAUUUGACUUGCAUUAGGAUCGAAUUCAAAAAACGAUAUGGUUUUGUUGGGUGUUCGAAUUAAAUACUUGCCGUACACCCUAAUUAAUUGUUGCGCAGAUAAUAAUUUUAAAUUUGUAUUUCUGUUGAUCUAAACAGACCUGUAGACGAAUAGUGCCACGUGCGUAUUUGUAUCGCAUAUUUACUAUUUUGUAUUUAUAUUGUAUGAUAGUACACUACGAACCAUUUGCAUACAAGUUAUUCUAUCAUUACUGAUGAUAUACGUCAUUUGCUAAGAUGAAAGGUAAUAUUUAAAUAUCUUUAAGAAUAAAUAAUGAAAAUAAUAAGUUAUGGAUCCAUACGAGUACUACACUAUUCUUGAGUGCUCCAAAACAGCCUCAGUGGAAGAAAUCAGACGAGCAUAUCAUAAGCUCGCACUGCAAUUUCAUCCUGAUAAGAUAAUUAAUGGAGAAGUGAGUACAGAAAAGUUUCAACAGAUUGAAGAAGCUUGGAGGAUUUUAAAGGACAGCGAAUCCAAAGCGGAGUACGAUGCAGAAUGCAGGCAGGCAGAAUUAGAGAGGGAGAAUAUUCUUGUAUAUUCAAGGAUAACAUCAAAAGAAUUGAAUGUCACAGAAGAUAAAGAGUUCAUGACUUAUCAGUGCAGGUGUGGAAGUAAUUAUGUAGUACAUAAGGAAGACUUAGAAGAGAAAAACAAUGAGCUUCAUAUUCCUUGUCAGGAGUGCACUUUUGUCAUCAUUAUUGAGACAUAAUUGCUUAAUAUAAUGCUUCCUUAUAUCGUUAUAAUCCUUGUACAAAAUAUUAUAAGCUAAACAUGAAACUUCCAUCGAAUUGACUGUAUAAUUCUGAAAAUUAAACGGAACAUCGUUUAAAAUAAAUAAAAGGAGUGAAGAAAAGUUAAAAUAUUAUUAAAAAUGCGCUAAGGAUUUUAUUGAAUUAAUUCGAUUCUUAUGGAUUACUUGGAUCCUCAGAGAAAAGCAGUAAUGCCAAAGAAACGCAGAGAAUAUAAAAUGCAGCAACAUUUUCUAUUUCUUAUAAAAAAAAUGAUACAACAGAUAACACAUUCUUAUAAUAUAAACUAUUGAGCAAUAUACAAAUAAAACACGAUCCUUAGAA